AUGAACGGAUCCAGACUAGAAGAUAGACAGAGCGAGGAGCGUCUUAUAUCAAGCUUUGAUGAGGAAAACUUCCUCAAAGACAAUAGGAGUCCCGGGGCGAGAAGGUCACGAUGGUGCCAGUAUCAACCCAACGGGACUCUAAUUCUAUCUGUGUGGACAUUGUUUCUGUUCAUAGCUUCUGCCUACCUUUGGUCAACAAUAGCUCGUCAUCGAAAGACCGUUGCCGCUUGUCAAAGCGAUGACUUCCUACCCAUUGACUCGCCAGCCUUAGAGGCGGUCAAGAAUACGGGUCAUAUCGAGAAGUUUGACGGCAGCUUUGCAAAGCCCAAUGCUUUCAAGGGACCUCCAAGUCCUGCUAUUGAUGCUGCCUGGGACGAUAUCACUUAUGCUUCUGGUGGUGUUAUCAAUGUUGAUGAGCGAACACUUCUGCAUAUCAAUGCGUCCGAAUACUCAGUUGGAUUGGCUGACGAGCUUGGCGGCGGUUACAUGGGCUCGGUGGAAGUUUUGCAUCAGCUACAUUGUCUGAAUAUGCUCCGCCAAGCUAGCUACGAGGAUUAUUACAAGGACAAGCCGGGUCCGUGGGAGGAUAGCCCACAGAUCUUAAGGCAUCAUCUUGAUCAUUGCAUUGAUAUCCUACGACAGAAGUUGAUGUGUGAUGCGGACGUUGGUAUUCUGACAUAUGUCUGGGUGAAGGGUCACAAAGACCCAUUUCCAGACUUCAAUGUGCACCAUAAAUGCCGCGAUUUCCGUGCGGUGAAGCAAUGGGUCGGGCAGCAUCAACUCUACACAACACCCGAACAUGGCAUUGAGCGCCUACCUGGAGCGAAGGAGAUGCCUAGUCCACCGUAG